GCCGUUUGUCAUUAAAAUCAUUAAACAGAAUCUGAUUCUGAUUAGUGAUUACCAUAAAUAAUAAUAGGUUAACCUAAGAUUAUGUGAAAUGGUAGUGAAAUAAAUUCUUCGCAAAUUUACUGUAAACAUGUGUGAUGCAUGUUCCGAUUUUCUUCAGUUGCUUAUUUCUUAUGAAGCAAAUUUGUGUAAAGAAAUCAACGAACAGCCCACAUUAACACGGCAAGAUAUUAAUACAAUACUGGUUUAUGUGCAGGCAUGGGUCUCCAGGCAAUGCAUGUGUUGUUAUCGGGACCAAAAAAAUUUAGAACGUUUCAGUUGUAUCACGCAAGGAAUUUUAUAUCUUACAAUAUUACAUCUAAAGGAGCUAGGUGAUUCUAGUACAGACUCGGAUAAGAAAGACAAUGAUCCCGAAGAUAGAGUUAAGGCAGAGGAGAAUUCAGCCGACGUCCAGGAAAGAGAUAAAUUAUUUAUUUUGGCAUCGAAAAUAUUUCUACUGAAUUUCCCGCUUUAUGUCGCUUUCAAGCAUACGGCGACAAACAAAAUUGAUGAUUUAACUCAGCACGAGAUUCAAAGUUUAAAUUCGUUUUGUGAUCUUCACGAUUCCGAAAUACCGUUGUAUUUGUUAAGGAAUGUCACAUUAUUUUGCAAAUUGGGCGGUUUACACGUGAUGACUGCCUGUUUUACUUUCUUGUCGCCCAGUGAACUACCUGUGUCAACCGCUCAUGCGAUGAUUUCAAUAGUGUGCAAUUUGAAGUUGUGGAUGAAUUUUAAAAGCACAGUUUCUUUAUUGGUUCCUCUGCGGUCUUGUGUACUUAGGUAUAUGUGCAAAUUAUCAGAUCAGGACUUACGCACCCCCACAAUAAAGGGCAUGGCAGGUUUGUUUUUGAUAUGCCGAUUUGUGUAGAACAGAAAUUGACAUAGUAUAUAAUUAUCAGCUAAGCUAUUUCACAUUUUAUUGACAUUUUAAUGGACAUUUUUACACAUAUUGUUGGAAUCUGGAAUUGUGGAGAUUUUUGAGCAAUUUUUCAGCAAUAAUAGCAUUUAUAAAUGGGAAACAAUUACUCUAAUUUAGUGAAUACCACCUUCAGCAUCUCUAGGUAAUUUUCUGCCACUUCUAGUGAAGUGAAUAGUAACAGAUUUAAUUUUUUUCGGUCUCCAUAAUAAAUAGCAUAAUAUUGUUAUAUAAGUGCAUAGUUUAAAAGAGAUCUUAUUGAGUAGGUAUUUAUUUAUUAUAUUUUAGAAUUGAUAUUGUGUAUUACAUCACUUAUUAAGCGGCAGAGCAAAAUGAUGGAGGUUUUAGAGGGAAAUCACGGUGUCCGUCUGUCUGUAAACACGAUAACUGACAAACACUUGGGGCUGAUUUGGUUCAAACUUUGCACAGUUGUCUUAUAUACCGCAUGUAA